AUGUUUAAUACACUAAAAGCAAAAUUCACCAAAGUUCUGCCAAGUCCAGCAGAGGAAAAAGUAAGCGAUGUUCCAGCCCCUCAAAAACCAUCUCCUCAGCCUCCUCCAGUGCAGGACGAAAAAAAGGAAGAAAAGGAAGAAUGUAAGAACACAAGUGGCACACUGAAAAAAGAGUCAGAAAAUACAGCACAGCCAGACCCUCAGCAACAAGAUGGAGCAGGACCAGAACCCCCAAGAAAAGGGCCUGAGCUCCCUCAGGCUGAACAGCCCACAAAACCUGCUGGGACACCCCUCCAGGAAGAGGUGCAGCCUGUCAAUGAAGGGGCAGCCAACACAGAGGAUAAGCGACCUGGGACCCCCAUUAAUGAAUAUGCUCAAGCCCAGCUGCAAGAUAUCAUCAAGAAGAUGCGAGAGAGGACAGCCACCUAUAAAGAAAAAAUGACCGAUCCAGUCAUCUCUUCACCUGAGCCCAGCCCAACAGCCACACCCAAAAAGAAACCCCCACCCCCUCCACCAAAAGAAGAAAAGAAGGAAGAGAAAAAAGAGGAAGAGAAAAAGCCAGAAGAAGUUAAACCAGAGGAACAUUACUGUGACAUGCUGUGCUGCAAGUUCAAGAGACCACCUGUGAAAGAAUACAUGAAGAAAAUGAAGCUACCAGAUAGUAUAGAUGCAUACACAGAUCGUCGCUAUAUAGGAUGGCUGUUCUUGGUCACCGUAGCUUAUAACUGGAACUGCUGGUUUAUCCCACUGCGAUUAGUAUUCCCAGUUCAGACAUCAAGUAACAUGAUAUACUGGAUCAUUAUAGACAUCUUAUGUGAUAUCUGCUACAUCUGUGAUCUGGUGAUAUUUCAGCCCCGAGUACAAUUUGUGAGGGGUGGAGAUAUAAUAACAGAUAGAGUAGAAAUGAAGAAAUUCUACCGGAGUACAUUAAAAUUUCGGCUUGAUGUGUUAUCCAUCAUACCGUUUGAUGUCUUGUAUGUUGUAUUUGGGUUCAAUGCAGUAUUCAGAGCAAACAAGGUGGUGAAGCAUCUCACUUUCUUUGAAUUCAAUGACCGGUUAGAGGCAAUCAUGGAUAAAGCAUACAUCUACAGAGUCAUUCGAACCACUGGAUAUCUGUUGUUCAUCUUACACGUUAAUGCAUGCAUUUAUUACUGGGCCUCAACCUAUGAAGGACUUGGCAGCACUAGAUGGGUUUAUGAUGGCCAAGGAAACAUGUAUCUAAGAUGUUAUUACUGGGCAGUUCGAACUUUAAUUACUAUCGGUGGACUUCCAGAACCAGUAACCAUGUUUGAAAUCAUCUUUCAGCUCCUGAAUUUUUUCUCAGGAGUCUUUGUGUUCUCCAGCUUGAUCGGUCAGAUGAGGGACGUUAUUGGAGCAGCAACAGCAGGGCAGAACUACUAUCGUGCCUGCAUGGAUAACACAGUGUCAUACAUGAACACUUAUACCAUUCCAAAAAUUGUUCAGAAUCGUGUUCGAACUUGGUAUGAGUAUACGUGGGAUUCACAAGGAAUGCUGGAUGAAUCCGAAUUGCUGGAGCAGAUGCCUGGAAAAAUGCAGCUUGCCAUUGCAGUUGAUGUGAACUUUGCCAUUGUCAAUAAAGUUGACUUGUUCAAAGGAUGUGAUACCCAAAUGAUAUAUGACAUGCUUCUGAGACUGAAAUCCAUUGUGUAUUUACCUGGGGACUUUGUCUGCAAAAAGGGAGAAAUUGGCAGAGAAAUGUACAUCAUUAAGCAAGGUGAGGUUCAAGUUCUUGGAGGUCCUGAUGGCACCAAGGUACUGGUCACACUAAGAGCAGGAGCUGUAUUUGGAGAGAUCAGCCUAUUAGCAGCAAGUGGAGGAAAUCGGCGGACAGCAAAUGUGGUGGCCCAUGGAUUUGCCAAUCUUUUUAUUCUUGACAAAAAGACUCUCAAUGAAAUAUUGGUGCACUAUCCAGACUCUGAAAAGCUCUUGAGGAAGAAAGGAAAAGCACUCAUAAAGAAGACUGGGAAGCCUGUUGGAGGACCACCACAACCUGUCAAAGGCCUUUCUCUACUCACACAGAAAAUAGAACCACCCAAAAUGUUCAAAGCAUUGCUUGGUGGGCAAAGUGGUGGCAUGGCUGCAGUUAUCAAGCUGAAGAGAGAGCGCGAGGCCCAGGAAGAAAAAGAAAGGGAAGAACAAGAAAGGCAAGCUAAGGAAGAACAAGCAAGGAAAGAAAAGGAAGAAAGAGAAAAAGCAGAAAGAGAAAAAGCAGAAAAAGAAAAGAAGGAAAAGGAAAAAGCAAAGCUUCAAACCAAACCUGCAGAAAAGGGCCCUGUUCAAGAUCUCGAGGCCAAAACUACACAAACACAUGGUGAAGCACCUGCCCCGGAAAUAAAGACAGUUGCCAACAGCCGACCACAAACAACUCCUCCUGCUAAACCAGCUUUGCUCAGAGGAAUCACUAACCAGUCCCUCAUCAUUACCAUGACUCCUUCUGACAUGCCUGGAGAAGGAGAAAUCCUUACUGUUGAAGUCAAAGAAAGGAAACAGCCUUAA